GUCACCGUUGUCCGUCCCAUUUCUUUGACAAAUAUUUUCUUUUUCUCCACCAAAUUCAUAACCUUGACUGGAUUACUUUAUGAUUUUAUAUAUAGAGAGAGAAAAGGGGGAAAAAUAUUACGAAAUUCAUUAUGGGUUCAUUGGAGAUGGAGGCUAGUACAGAAACUGUCAGAGAAGAGGAAAAUAAAAAAGCAGAGAUUGAUUUGAAUGUAAACAAGCUAGGAAUAAAGAAUGUGAAGAAUAUAACGACGAAGAAGAAGAAAAGCAAGUUUCAUUUUAUUCCCAAUUUGGGUUGUAUGAAACUGAAUGACGAGUUUCCAGCGGUGUCGGAGAAACCCGACAGUGACGGAGGUUUUGACGUCGAAGCCGGUUGUAAUCAGAAGAAUCACCUGAUUGUUAUGGUCAAUGGAAUCAUUGGCAGUGCUCAAAAUUGGAGAUAUGCCGCCAAACAAUUUGUCAAGGCGUAUCCCAGUGAUGUAGUUGUACAUUGCAGCGAAUCUAAUUCUUCAAUGUUGACAUUUGAUGGUGUUGAUGUAAUGGGAACUAGAUUAGCAGAUGAGGUGAUAUCUGUUGUAGCUCACUAUCCAAAUCUUCAAAAGAUUUCUUUUGUAGGCCACUCACUUGGUGGCCUAAUCGCAAGAUAUGCAAUUGCUAGGCUUUACCAACAAGAUCUAUCGGGAAAACCUGGCAAAGAAAAUGGUGAAUGUGAAAGGGAGUCUAACAGAUCAUUCGCAGAAGAGAAAUCAAAAGACAAAAUUGCUGGACUUGAACCUGUGAACUUCAUUACCUUUGCAACUCCACACCUUGGAUCAAGGGGACAUAAACAGGUACCGGUGUUCUGUGGGCUUUACAGCAUGGAGAAAGUAGCAUCACGUGCAUCUUGGUUGCUUGGAAGAACUGGGAAACAUCUAUUCUUGACUGAUAGCGAUGAUGGAAAACCUCCUCUUCUGCUUCAAAUGGUCAAUGACACUGAAGAUCUUAAAUUUAUAUCCUCUUUGCACUCAUUCAAGCGUCGUGUGGCCUAUGCAAAUGCACGUUUUGACCAUCUUGUUGGGUGGAGUUCAUCGUCACUGCGUAGAAGGAAUGAGCUCCCAAAGAGACGAAAUCUUCAAAAACAUGCUAAAUACCCACACAUUUUCAAUGAAGUCGUUUCAGAAACUGACAAACCUCAAGAAGUUCAUUUGGAAGCCAAAAUUGCUAGAGGCAAGACAAGUGAAAUGGAAGAGGAAAUGAUGAGAAGUUUGACGAGAUUGAGCUGGGACCGGAUUGAUGUCAACUUCGGUGGAAGUAUACAAAGAUUUCUUGCACAUAACACAAUUCAGGUGAAAACGUACUGCAUAAAUUCUGCUGGAGCCGAUGUAAUACAACACAUGAUUGAGAAUUUUGUAUUAUAGCUAGAAAUAGCUUUAUUAGAUUCCUAUAUAAUGGAACGCUUUUACGAAACCAGCUUUAUUUUUUUGAUGUAUUUAUCUAAAGUAGAGAAAAAAAUAGAGUAGAAAGGAUAAAUAUUUGUCAUGUAACAAUAGGCACAUAAGCAUUGAGAAAGAGCUAAUACAGCUAGUUAUUUUUACUUUGGUGGUUUGCUUUUGGCACA